CCUGGCCUAGUUCCGAUUUCUCUGACCGGGCCUCAGACCGCAUGAGGUCCCGCAGUGAAAAGGACUAUCGCUUGCACAAACGCUUCCCACCAGCCUUUAUCUCCCAGGCAUCACGGGGCUACAUGACAUCAGCUCUGAAACCAACAUGAGGAUGAAAACGAGAAAGGAAACGGAGGGAGAGAGAGCAGAAGAAGAAUGCAGAGAUGUAUGGGACUGGAAUCGAUGCUCAGGAGGGGAGGACGCUUGGCUGUGGCCUCCUGGCUGGACACCCAGGAGGAAGAGGCAGUGGACCCUGUUCCAGACGCUGGCCUGGCAGGGAGUACGAGAGAGGAAGCCCCUGUGUGAUGUCUCUCCAAUCAGCAUGUCUCCCAUCAGUCAAUCUCAGUUUAUUCCACUUGGGGAAAUCCUUUGCUUGGCCAUCUCAGCAAUGAACUCUGCAAGAAAACCUGUCACACCAGAAGCAUUGAUGGAACACCUGACUACUUGUUUUCCAGGUGUUCCAACUCCUAGCCAAGAAAUCCUCCGGCACACGCUGAGCAUGCUGGUUCGCGAGAGGAAAAUCUACCCCACUCCGGAUGGCUAUUUUAUUGUGACCCCACAGACUUAUUUUAUUACUCCUUCCCUCAUAAGAUCUAAUAGUAAAUGGUAUCACUUGGAUGAGAGGAUCCCUGAUAGGACUCAGUGUACCUCUCCACAGCCAGGAACCAUCACACCCUCCACCUCGGGCUGUGUCAGGGACAGAACAUUACCCAAAAACCACUGCGACUCUUGCCAUUGUUGUAGAGAGGACAUGCACAGCAUGCAUGCAUCUACGCUGCAGAGGAAAGCUGCCAAGGACUGCCCCCCUUCGCUAUGCCAAUUGCCACCCACUGAAAAAAGUAAAAGUACUGUAAAUUUUUCUUAUAAGACAGAAACGCUUUCAAAACCUAAAGACAGUGAAAAACAGUCCAAAAAAUUUGGGCUGAAGUUGUUUAGGCUAAGUUUUAAGAAAGACAAGACAAAACAACUAACUAACUUUUCCGCACAGUUCCCCCCAGAGGAGUGGCCUCUGAGAGACGAGGAGACACCCACUACCAUCCCCAGAGAGGUAGAAAUGGAGAUUAUCAGGCGCAUUAACCCAGAUCUGACCGUAGAGAACGUCAUGAGGCACACUGCCCUAAUGAAGAAACUCGAUGAGGAAAAGGCUCAGAGGAGCAAAACCGGGUCAUCCGCCCACCACAGCGGGAGGAGCAAGAAGAGCAGGAACCAUCGCAAGACCCACGGGAAAGCUCGCUCCCACAGCAAGACGCGGGGCUCCAAAGGAGGGGACCCCUCCGACGGUUCUCAUCUUGAUAUCACGGCAGACCGAGACUACGACCUGAACGACCCUCUGACCCGGUCGCCGCGGGAAGGCUGCUUCAUCGUUGAACACAAAGGGGAUCAUUUCAUCACGCACAGUCACCCUAACAUGAUUGAGCCUCAUUUUCCCAUGACGCCUGAAUGGGAUGUGUCUGGCGAACUGGCCAAGAGGAGGACUGAGAUGCCUUUUCCUGAGCCUUCCCGGGGAAGUUCUCACUCGAAAGUUCAUAGAAGUCACAGUCAUACCCAGGAUCGAAGGUCCCGGAAUGAAAGGUCCAAUAAAGCCAAGGAGAGAUCCAGGUCCAUGGAUAAUUCCAAAGGCCCUCUUGGUGCUGUUUCUUUAGGGACAACUGAGGACAUCGCUGAAGCUUGUAGCCAAGACGACCCGACGCUUAGCCAGUCUUAUACUGACGACAGUACUUUAAGGCCGACACAGACUGUCAGUCACCAAAGGGCUCACAUUUCAUCCACAAACUAUAAAGAGGUGUGUAUACCUGAAGUCGUCAGCGGCAGCAUUGACCCCCCCAAUUCUUGUAGCCUUUCGGAACAGAGCAAACCUCCAGAGAGUCUGCCAUCUUAUAAUGAACUCAAUGCUUGUCCAACCAAAGCUUCCAUGGAUGACUAUUUUCAAUGCAACACCUCCAGCGAGACGGUCCUCACUGCUCCAUCGCCUUUGGGAAAGAACAAAGACGAUCCUGACACUCUGACCCUAACUGACGGGAUGAAAAAACUCUCUUCUUCUGAGAGGCAGCCCCAGCACCCCAUCAGAGAAGCUGUGGUCCACAAAGAGGAGUCGCCCAAAGGGCCAGGGGGAGGCUUGGCGGCGAUUUCUGGCCCGGUCGCGGACCCUGUGGCCAAUGGACGACUGAUCCCCCACCACGGCGCAGAGUCGAUCAGCCUGGAUAAGAUAUUCAGCAAAGACACGCUCUUCAAACCGCUGCACAGUGCCCUGUCCAUGAACAAUUACCACAAGCCGACCGUGUCCCUCCUGAAAGCUCACCCACAGUCAUCUCCAGAUGCCUUGCCAGGCCGCUGCGAGAUCCUGGAGCAGUCCCUGGCGGCCUCCGUCUCCCAAGCGGUGCCCCUUUCCCAACGACAGCAGGAAGCUGGUGGGAACCAGGAAACUUCCUUUGACUACUACAACGUCUCAGAUGAUGAUGACUCGGAGGAAGGCGCACACAAGAACGCGGAGGAAGAGAAGAAUCGGGACGACGUGGGGACCAUGCAGUGGCUGCUAGAGCGGGAAAAAGAAAGAGACCUGCAGAGAAAGUUCGAGAAGAACCUCACUCUACUUGCCCCGAAGGAGACUGACAACAGCAACAGCCAGAGAGCAACACAUUCUGCCCGUCUGGACAGCAUGGACAGCAGCAGUAUCACCGUGGACAGUGGAUUUAAUUCACCACGUACCCGUGAGAGCCUGGCUUCCAACACUUCCAGCAUUGUUGAAAGUAACCGUCGUCAAAAUCCAACCCUGAGCCCUGCGCACAUAGGCGCUGCUCCGGCAUUCAGCUUCCGCACAAGUACAGACCCCUCAGCAAACGAAGCCGAGAAGUUACCGAAACCCAGUUGCUUGCAAGCUUCUGUUACUAGUGUGUGAUAGUCAUUCUGCCUUCUCCAAUCUUCUGUCUCAUCCUGUAUGGCAAAGUUUACGACAUUGGGACUGAUGUUUACAUCUUUGGGAAGACAAGCAUCUCCACCACAGUUUUGGUCUUUGCUUAAAACUGUGCUGCUAAGUAGGCUAGGACAAAAAAAACAAAAAGAAAAAAAAAACAAAAAGAAAAAAAAAUCUUAAUUUCCCAGUAUUGUUUUUCACGUUUAUGGCUCUGUAGCAAACAGACUAGCCCAGUAGGGGUAAUGUGUAUACUUUUGCUUAAUUGAUCAUAACUGAGCACAUAGGUGAGAGUCUAGCCACUGUAGGUGUUAGCUGCAUUUUUUGGUGUCAUGCGGUUGCUAAUUCCAUUUACAAAUGCCACAGAUGUGUGAUAAUGCUCCUAGUCCAUGGUUGAACGGUGCCACAGAACUGAUCCUUGACACUUAUUUUCCCCCAAGCUAAGCCACCACAGAAAGCAUAAAAAUAAAAGGCACAGGUCACCUUGAGGAAACACAACGCCAAGCCAAACACUACUAGAAAGGACCUCAGCCCUUCUCUGUCUGUGAAUUAUUUAUACACCCAUCGCUUUCACUGUGAGUUCUCAUGAUUCUUUUUUUUUGCAGGAACCCUUGGAAGUGAAUCAGAAGGGAUUGUGUUCCAAUUAAUGGGUGUGUUUUGUUUUGUUUUGUUUUUUUGUUGGUGAAUAUCAGAUGCUUGUCUGAUUCUUAACCUUCCAUAACUAUACAAACAGGAAUAUAGGCCUUUGAAUUUGAAGUGGACAAAGGAAGGGGGAAUUAACAACUUGGCUUAGCAACAGCACUAAGUGAUGGAAAAGGUAAUGUGGAUUUUUUUUUUAAGUAUUAAAUCAUGUAUCUUAGGGAGGUCAUUUUAUUCUUGUGAUACUUAUGAAGUUCCUAGUUUAAUAUAAUAGAGGAAAUAACUAAUUUGUUUAAAUGAAAAGCAAUUUCUUUGUGAUACAAAUGAAGAGUAUGGCCUGAGGAGUUUAUUUCUUUCUAAUGGAAGGACAUAAUUCUAUUUUAUGUAGUUUUAAAUAGAAUGCCUAAAUUAGGCUGUGGAAAAUAAUCUUUAGUGGUUAUAUGGAAGAGCAGAUUUAGGGAGAGUUGAAAGUCAGACCUUUGAUUCCUGGAAAGAUGUUUGUGGACAUAGAAAAACACGAUUUGAGUGGAAAUAGAAUUGUGCCCAUGUGAUUAAGAGCAGGAGGCCCUCAUUCUACAGGUGUGGCAUACAGAUAAUUUGUACUCCCCUAAAAUUUCCCAGAAUAAUUAUGCAUAUAUGAACUAUGCCAGAGUAAUGUUUACAGAUACAUUGUACCAACUUUCAGGAGUCACUCUUAGGUAGGCUUAGAGAUAUCAUUAGCCCAUACUGUUCCCACAAAUGGUUUAAUGUUUUGGUUUGGUUUCUAGUUUAAGGCAUUAAAGAUGCCUUUCCACAGCUUAGGGAUUAUUACAAAGAUACCAAAUUUUCAGUCUCAAAAUCAGUUGCUAUUUGAAAGUUCUAGAUUUUUAUUAGAACAGCAAAUGAAAUAUGUAGAAGAUGAAAAUGAUUUGUUUAAAAAAAAGUGAGGCAAGGCAGUGAUAUAGAACUGUAUGAGGAUUCUCUUUGUGAUGGGUUCUUUUUGUUUGGUUUGGUUUUGGCUAGCCAGGUAUUAAAAAUGAAUUUUACAUACUCAAUUGUAAAUGUAAAUUGUGGUUACAUCUCAGAUUUUGUUAGCAGGUAUAACAUUUUUUAAAACACUUCUGUCUUAAUAUGAUUUUAAUCACUAGAAUCUCAGAAAUCUGUUCAGUCUUAUAUUUUAGGGUUGUAUGCAAUUUGUAGAUUACCUCCCCCCACCCAACUCCUCCAAAUUGUUUUAGAACUUGAAACACUUGGGGAUUUUCUUAUUCCUUUUCAGAUAUUUGAGAGGCACAUGCAUCAAAUUCCUUAUUUGUGGUAUUGAGAAUUCCUUUUUAUGUUGCAAUUAGACAUUCCCUUGCAUUUCUGAGUAGACUCCUAAACCAGUUGGCCUUCAUCCUCAUUCCUUAUUUCCUCUAUGGCAUGCCAUGUCUGCUCAGAAAUGCAUCGUUUGCCUUGUCGUUUAAAUAUGUGCAGAAGGAAUGAUGAUAUAUCUGGUAGACUCCAGGGUUCAUUUCUUUGGGGAGGUGUAUACCAUACAGUUAGUAAAUUUUCCACAUAAAUUCAUUUAAAAAAAAAAACAACCCCCAUACUUCGAAGUUUAUAUCAUGCCAUUGUGUUUCAUAAUAGAAAUGUCAGGAUGCUAUGUUAACCUCUAGUUGGUCAUCUGAAAAUAGCCACUUUAAAAACUCAGCAUAUGAACAGAAAAGAAAAAAAUCACUUAUCUAAGAGAAACGUUUUAAAAUAAAAAUUUGUCAUGCAUUAGACAAGAAGUUAACAGACUAAUGAAAACUAUACACUAUCUGCCAGAUAAGUGGUGUAUAUAUAUGAUUUUUUAAAAACCUCAUAGACCAGCAGUCAUUAGUAUUGAAAUUAUAGACUUUUUAAAAAAAUGGAAUGUAAACAGGAGUUUCAAAUAGAAACAUUUUCAUCUGUAUUUAAUUUUUGCUCUUGGGGAAAGAAUGGAUUUACAAUGGGAUCUUAAGGCUGUUCUGUCUUGGGGUUCUUGGUGACCAAAUGCUUGGGCCUCUCUCCAAGAGUUUCUGAUACCAUCAUGCUCCUUCCAUGAGAUUAGAGCUUUCUGUUACGGUUUCUUAUCUGGUCUUCUCUUUUUGUAUAUCGACUGAAAGGUUUACAGAACUGAGUUAGGUUGAAUAUCUCUCUGUGUGUUCAACUUUAAAAAGGUCAACACAUCUGUCAGUAUUUUGCACAUUUAAUAUGUAUUAUUAUAAUACAACAUAUUACUUUAUGGUAAUUUUAUUUUCACAUAUAACUACCUCCAUGAAUUCAAUGAAAUGGCAGCAGUGUGUUCAAGGGUAUUAUAAAAAGUAAGGUUAAAACUUUCUGAAGCAUCGGGUCACAAUAUUCUCUCUGUGUGUUGACAUGUGUUUAAAGUCACCCUUCUCCCCCCAUUUUCAUGAUUCCUUUUCAUUUUUUUUUUACUGUGUUUGGUUUUUCAGAUUCAAUCUUUUUAUUUCUCCUCAAGAAAGCUCAUGUGAUUUUUUUUUGGUUGUUCAUAUCAAGAGAACAUUUACAAUUUUUGUCUUUUUCCCCAUCCCUGCUAAUAUUUUUUUUUUCUGGUAGGUAGUUGCUAAGUGUGAUUUAGCAGGCCAUUUGCACCUCUUAGAGUUUUAGGUUUUAUAAGGCAAAGAAUACACAUCAGAUAUUUGAACUGCCAACUUUGAAGCACUUUGGGCCCCAAUCUGCCUUCUCUUGCAUGCUAACAUAUCAAGUCAAAUUUUCACUUUACUUGAGAGAGCUGUGCUGGACAUUCCAUUCUCGCUAUCUGUCUCAUUCUCUCCAUCUGUUUCUCUCUCCCUCCCUCUCCCCCACUUCCAUUCUCCCUUUCUCAGUUGUUCACUCUGUGCUAGACCAUAUGCCAUUUUCUAUAUUGUGCACAUCUCAGGGUACCUUAGUGAGUAGAUUAAGAAGGGUGCCAUCCUAUCAAGACAUGAGCAAAAGAGCCAAAAGGGAGGUAGCUUUGGGGAAGAGGGGGGAGAACAAAUCAUCUCUCUUACUGUGCUUUGAAACUUUGAGAUUUGGGUUUUUGUCCUAAAAGGCCACAAAUCAGAGACUAAGCUGUAUAUUAGCUAUUCCCAGACCCCUCUUUUUCAUAACCAGCAUUUAAGAAUUUUUUUUUUCACAGAGUCACUACAGACGGAGGGACUCUGCAAAAGGAAGCGUGAACAUCAUUCUCUUUCAGUUUGGUGCAGCCAAAGUUUAAAAAAAAAUCUGCCUGGGGGUAAACCACUUCUUACCACAAAGUGUACUUGAAAAUAAAGUUUUGAACUUAAAUUAUAGAAAUAUUGCUCAUAAUCAUGACACUUUUCCUGAUGUGUCUCACAAAAGCAGCAUUUGGAACCUAUUAAAAUAGUGAUGGAUAAGAACUUUGCACACAGUUCACCUUGGAUCUCAAAGCGCUUCCAAAACAUUCAGAUUCACCAAUGCUAAACAAACACAAAACAGUGGGUGCUCUUUCUUAUAACACCUAUUUGGGGAAAAGAAUGAUCUGGUGGUGAGACGAGUUCACCCUCAGGGGCAGUUGUUGAUUACUAAUUAUCUCUUUUCUAUUGGAUUGAUAGGCCAUCCUGAGAAAGCACUAAAUACAACACUUGCUCCCCCCUCCCUAUAAAGAGAAUAAUAAAUGUCCAUUAAAUAUUAUCAAGUGUCAAUAAAGAGAAAAUAAAUCCUUUACACUGUCCAUUUUUACUUAGAAAUUUCAGGGCUUUUAAUGAAUUUUAUAUCAUCCCCUCAGUUUAUAGAAUGUGAGGCAAAACUACAGACAAAUUAAUGGACACCCCUCCCCAAAUAUCCCACUUGAAUCAAUGGUAGUUCUAGACAUACUCCUUCAUCUAUGAUUUUUAUAUUAAGCUUCCACAUCUUCUAUGCCACAAUGACAUUCUUCAGGAACAUGGCUGCUCUUGGCAGUAGAAGGUGCUGAAUAAACAUUUUAAUUAAAAACUUUAUCAAGUCCUUUUUACGGAGCUGUUGGGCACAAAAGGAGAAUUUGUACAAUUCAUUUCAGCCUACUCCUUUGGAGGCUCUGGAUUACAGAAGGGAGCUGGUCUGGUUAUCCUUGUCCUCUAAAAUGGGAGGGAUAAAAAACAGCCUUAAACUGCAACGUGCUCCUCAGAACUGGCCAGUCGACAGAGCUGUCCAAUGUGCUAUCACACUUGGGAGCACCCAGAGCACAGCAUUCCCUCUUUGGGCCACCUCCAGUACCAUCUUGCCUGCUUACAGAAGACAGCUUAUACUUCCUCUGCUUCUGUCUGCAAGUGGCUCUUCUCUGCACAUUAGGGUUAGGAGAACUAAAAGUAUAUUGAAAACACCUAUGUGGGUUUGGGAGCCCUUACCUGGCUUUGGUUCAAUAAGGUCUGGGCUGAAUACAAAUGACUCUUAAAUGCCUUUGCCAAAUGGACAAAUCAAUACUUUCGACUGGUUGGAACCUGCCAGUUGGCAUUCCCCACUCUGCUUCAAGAAAGCUUUACAGUGUUAAGAAUGCGUUCUGUAGUCUUAUUUUUCUGGGAGAGUUAUUCAGGAGAUAGAUGCUCCUUCAACUUUACACUUAAAAAAAAUCACGGUUAAAUUCCACUUUUAUAGUAGAAUGAGGUACUGGAAUCUCCCAGGAGAAGUUAGUUGAAAUUGUCUUUGCAGCAGCAUCCUGACAGGUGCCACAGCUUUUGCAAAUAAUCUUGGGUCUCUACAGUUUUCUAUAUAGUUUGCUGUGGGUCAUUUGGAAAGACUGGAAUUCUAGAAGACUGAUGUGGAUUAGAAAUGUGAUUUGGAUGUGAAAAUUAAAUUUUCUUCCAAUGAUUAUACACAUUCUCUUUCCCUCUCUCUCCCCUCCUCCCACUCUCUCUCCCCCUUUCUCCCUGCCUCUCUCUCUCUCUCUCUCUCUCUCUCUCUCUCUCUCUCUCUCUCACUCACUCACUCACACACACAUACCACCCCCCCCAUUACAGGGCUUUAAUAUUUUGGCUUCAGAUAUGAACAUCUACCACCAUACCAGCUGAAGGCAGGGGACGUUUCCCAAGUGGCGACUGGAGGAGGUGAGGAAACCAUGGAAUUGCAGACCAAUUCUGCCCAUGCCUUGCCUCCCCAUUCCAAGGGCUGACCUCAGUACCCCUGUUCCUUAUUGCUCCCACCAAAAAAAGGUACCAAAUCUGGGAUCUUGUGAAGAUCUCAUCUGAUUUAUACCCAUCCUUUGCAGUUAGGUGAAAGAAUCAUUGAAGUGCACACAUAACAAAUCCUCCCUUUCCUGUCCCAUGUCCUGUCCCCCCUUCCAUCUCCACCUAGAUGCUGAUACACCGCCACAUGUUUCCACAUUGGAAGGGCAGACAAAUGUGCAGUAUUGUGCACACAUGCUGGGUUAGGGGAUAGAGCCACCCUAAGGUCACCUCCAUGUAAGUAUGACAGCUAUAAAGAAGGUCCUUAGAGUAGUUGGCAUAGCUAUUACUUUAGAGAUGAGACUUCAGUUUAAAUACUAACUUUAAGGGAUCAUAAUUCUGCAGGUAUCUUUCCCUGAGUGACUGAAUGUGACUGUUGCAUUAGGUUAAAUGAGUUAAGAAAUGCAAGUGGGAUUUACUGUAUGUUAGAAGGGAGUUUUGCAGCCAAGACUGCCUUGAAUAAAUGUGUUUGCACUGAAAAAAAAUUUUUAAAAAUUUACUUGGUCUCUGGUUGCUGUAAAGGUCAUCCAAGAUGGAUGUUCUGUUUAUAUUGUAUAGUAUUUCAUAUGAAAUAAUUACAGCUCAUGAAAUGUCUUCCCUAAUGUUACUGAUUUAUAACAGCACAUUUGUAACAUGGUUUUUAUUGUGUCUGUGUACCAUAUUGUAAAUGAUGAUUACUUGUCAUGCUUAGUAUAAUAACUUAAAAGGAAAAAAAAGGACAGGGAUUUUUGUAAGUCUAUAUUUGAAAGUCCCUCCACAUGGUAAUAUUGUGUUCAUGUUGUUUACGUAGUGUCGUGUGAAAUAUCCAUUUUGGAUUGUGUUACUUUUUAAGAUAUUAAAUAACAUUUGGUUA